CAUUUUGGUUACGAAAAGUGGCAGUAUUCGCGUCACAUGUUGCCUUUUGGCACCGCGUUUAAAGUAGAAGAAGAAAACAGCGGAAGAAGAUGCUCUAGUUUCGUUUCCGUUUGACCUAUUUCGUGUCUCAUAUUGGCAUUAGUUAAUAGUGUUUAUGUGCAACAAUGGAAUUUGUGUGUUCGUAAUUUAGCAGUUUGUAUUUUUUUAAUAGCUGGUUUGAUUUAUUCUUUAUAUCCAUAAAGCGAUACAAAGCAAAGGAGCAUUGCUAACUGUAAGCUUAGCAAAAUACAGUAAGCUAAAUAUUAUUUAGCCGCUUUGAUUUAGCUAAGCUAGCUGCGCCUAAAAUGAGUUGUCAGUCGUUAGCUACGUCGUAAAAUUUUGUGGUUUGAGCUGCUCAUAUUAACGCUGACUAGCGAUUUAUCGAUUCAGCUCCCUUACACAUUUAUUUAGCUAUCUUAGCUUAGCUAGGUUCACUUUUGCAGAUCCCUUGGAUGUUCAGUGUGUCAGGAAGAGACUCUUCAGCUCCAUGUCUGCUGAGGCUUCUGUUGGCAGUCAUGCUGCCGACUCUGCCCAGUCUGCUCUUUCCCAGCCUGCCUGUCACAACGCAGAUGAGCACAGAAAUCAGGGUUUGCUGGGGAGCAAGUACGUCAAGUUAAACGUGGGUGGCUCACUGCAUUAUACAACUGUCCAGACAUUAAGCAAGGAAGACAGUCUGUUGCGGAGCAUAUGCAAUGGAGGAACAGAGGUUACCAUAGAUUCAGAAGGCUGGGUUGUUUUGGAUCGGUGUGGCCGACAUUUUGGCCUGGUUUUAAACUUCCUGCGAGAUGGCUCAGUGCCACUCCCAGAGGGCCACAGAGAACUGGAUGAAGUUAUGAAGGAGGCCCAGUACUAUCGGGUCCAGGGACUUGUCCAGCAUUGCCUCAGUGCCAUGCAGAAACAAAAGGAUGUAUUUGAAAGCGUGUGCCGCAUCCCCAUGCUCACCUCGGCCAAAGAAGAACAGAAAAUGAUUGCUACUUGUCGAAAGCCGGUGGUAAAAUUGCAGAACAACAGAGGAAACAACAAAUACUCAUACACCAGCAACUCUGAUGAUAACCUGCUGAAGAACAUAGAAUUGUUUGACAAACUCGUGCUGCGAUUUAACGGCCGGGUCCUGUUUGUCAAAGAUGUACUUGGGGAUGAGAUCUGCUGUUGGUCUUUCUACGGCGAAGGCCGCAAGAUUGCUGAAGUAUGCUGCACCUCUAUUGUCUAUGCUACAGAGAAGAAGCAGACCAAAGUUGAGUUUCCUGAAGCCCGAAUCUUUGAAGAAACCCUCAAUAUCCUCAUCUAUGAGAAUAGUAGAGCCUCUGGUCCCGGGGGCUUAAACCUUUUAGAUUCAAGAGGCUCGGGUGCAUCGCUAGGAGCUGGCCAAUCAGAGGACGAGGGUGCUGUGGGAGGAGACAGGCGAGUAAGACGGAUCCACGUAAGGAGGCAUAUAAUGCAUGAUGAAAGAGGGCACGGUCAGCAAACUGUGUAUAAGGACUAAUAAUGUGAAAACAUAAGGUAUGAGAGAUUGGCUUGAUGCAUGUUGAUUUUUUUUGUUUUUUAAUUGAAUGGUAACAGAAUGAAAGAGAUGUCCCUGAUCAUAGCAAUAGCUGUGGUCGUUAGUUAUUUCAUUAAAUGUCAUUAGAUAGACCUGUCCAGGGUGGACCCCACCUCUUGUCCAAUGGCAGCUGGGUUUGGUUCCAGCCCUCCUGUGACCCUCAUUAGGAAAAGUGGUAUAGAUAAUGGAUGGGUGGAUGUAUUUAGAUGUCACUGCAGAAAUGUAAGGGUUGUUGACUGAUUUGUAACUGAAGUGUGGUUGUUCAAGAUAAAAAAAAAAUGCUUCUGUUUACAAGAAAAUAAACUUUGUAUAUUACUUACAUAGGAAAUGUGUAAAAGUACCUGGGACAUGAAAACUGGAAUAAAAAUGACUUUGCAAAUGUUAAGGAGCCUCCUGCACAAUGGGCCUCAAAACCCAGCUCCCAGCCUAAAGGUGGCAUUCAGCCAAUGACCUACUGUUAAUGCAAGUGUUAACAUGCACUGGCAACAUCUUCUGUGUUUGUCCUGUAGGAAACACUCAGUCACCUUAUUGAGGUUGUGAAAUAUCUGUUGCCUUUUCAUAAGUUGGACUGAAAUGCUGCCUGACAGUGAUGAAGUUUAGUUUAGAGACGUUAACACUGGAAUAAAACUGAGUAGCCAUUUUUAGCGAGGUUUUCCAAGAAAGAGAGUGUUGAGCAGCUACAUUUUCUUUAUUUAAAUUAUUACUGCUGAUGCAUCAGUAUGUUUUUUUAUGAAUUAAUUUAUGAACCUAAUUUAUUGUUUGGUAUGUAACCUUUGUAUAGUAUGCAAUCUUUGUUUUGACUAGUGCACAAGUGAAUUUUAAUUUUGGGAGUGAUAUGAUGCAUUCAACAGCACACAUUAGAAUUUACCCCUGUAAAUUACUAAAUCCUGAUAGAUUUCAGUUUUAUGUUUCAAAAGGAACCAUGACCAUUUCUUUGCUGUUGUAUGUUAUUCUGAGCCAUGAUUUUUAACUUGCGCUUUAUGUCACAUACCAAACCACUGAAAUGUGUUCAAAUACCAUCCAUUGUUUAUAAAGGCAGUUAAAACCUGUUUGUGUUUUCCUCAGGGAGAGGGUAAGUAUUUGUUUCCCCAAUAUCCACCACUGUCUUGUGUAAACCUAAUCUCUGAAUAUUACAAAACACAUUGAGAGCAAUAUGUAUCCUCAUCACCUUGGAAUACCUUCAAAUAUGCACUAAUAUAUCUUCUGUCAAAUAGAGGUCAUGGGAAUAUUCUGAAUAAAUGAGUUGUGAAAUCCGUCUUUA